CCUCCCAGUGCCAGCUUCCAGGCCGCAGACGCUGCGUUCGCGCCACAUUUUUAAGUUUCAUUUCUACCAGUCAUUGCAAGUUCCUCCUUCCGUGGCCUUUUCCCGAAGUCGACUCUUCUUUCGAGCCACAGAGAGCACUAGCCAUGGACCCCGGACGCAGAAAGGCGACUCAGAUAACUUCGAAAGCCGGAGCUGCCACCCGCAAGCCUUCGGAGCCGGGUACGAGGGUAGCCCUGACCCAGCCUUGCGAGUCUCCCGCUGCUUCCCGGGCCGCCCGACCCGUGGGAAAGGGCGGCCCUGUCCGGGAGUCCCAAUCCUUGCAGACCCAGAGCGCUCGGGACCCCCAGGAGAAGCUGCUGGAACGUGCUCCCGGAGCCCGAUCGAAAAAGCCAUCUCUGCGCGCGAAGGGUGCGCCGCCCUCGGGCUUUAGUAGCACCGAACGAAUCGUGGCGCGCACGGUUCCAGCCCAGGCAAUGGAGCCUCCUGCGGCCCUGGGGCCGCCCCUUCCCAGGGCAGGGUCUCGCCGCGAGGGAGGCGCGCGUUCGGCUCGGGAACAGAAACCCCAGCCUGAACCCACGGAAGUGCCUUGCUCCGUCCCGCCGCUCCGGGCCCCGAGUCUGGGAGGGAAGGAAGGGGCGCCUGGCGGCUGGAAGCCCCGGGCUGUGCUGGAGAAGUUGAGGCUCAGGCGCCAGGAAAUCUCAGCCGCAGCCGAGGUGGUGAACAAGGUCGUAGACCACCUGCUUCGGAGAUUGCAGGACUUCGAUUCCGAGUUCAAAGGUGUCGAGUUGCUGCGCACGGGGAGCUACUACGAGCGCGUGAAGAUUUCUGCACCUAAUGAAUUUGAUGUCAUGUUUAAACUGGAAGUCCCCAGAAUUCAGCUAGAAGAAUAUUGUGAUAGUGGUGCUCAUUACUUUGUGAAGUUCAAAAGAAAUCCCAAAGGAAAUCCUCUGAAGCACUUUGUAGAAGAGGAAAUAUUGUCAGCUUCUAAGAUGCUGUUAAAGUUUAGGAAAAUCAUUAAAGAUGAAAUUAAAAAUAUCAAAGAUAUAGACGUCACUAUGGAGAAGAAAAAACCAGGGAGUCCUGCUGUAACACUUGUUAUUAGGAAAUCUGAAGAAAUAUUUGUGGAUAUAAUUCUGGCUUUGGAAUCAAAAAGUAGCUGGCCUGCUAACACACAGAAAGGUCUGCCUAUCAAUAACUGGCUUGGAGCAAAAGUUAGGACCAAUCUAAGACGACAGCCAUUUUACCUCGUACCCAAGCAUGCAAAAAAAGGAAACGGUUUUCAAGAAGAGACAUGGCGGCUCUCUUUCUCUCACAUUGAAAAAGACAUUUUGAACAACCAUGGACAAUCUAAAACAUGUUGUGAAACUGAUGGAGUUAAAUGUUGCAGGAAAGAUUGUUUAAAACUAAUGAAAUACCUUUUGGAACAGCUGAAAAAAAAGUUUGAAGACCGAAAAGAACUGGAUAAAUUCUGCUCUUAUCAUGUAAAAACUGCCUUCCUGCAUGUAUGUACCAAGAAUCCACAGGAUAGUCAGUGGCACCCCAAAAAUCUAGUAGUCUGCUUUGAUAACUGUGUGGCAUUCUUUCUUGAGUGUCUUAGGGCAGAACAACUUGAGCAUUAUUUUAUUCCUGUAGUCAAUCUAUUCUCUCGAAACCACAUUGACAAAAUAAGUAAAGAAUUUUUGUGCAAAGAAAUUGAAUAUGAAAGAAACAAUGGAUUUCCAAUUUUUAAUGAAUUUUGAAAUUUUAUUUUAAGAAAAAAACAAGAAUCAAAGUGACUGUAGUAAUUGGGAUUGCCCAACAAUGAUUGUCUAGAAUGAGUGUAAUUAAUUAUUCAUUCUCAGUUUGUCAUAAAUGACCCUAAUAUAAAGGGUUGUAGAUAAAGUGUGAAGGAUUGACAAUCCUAGAAAAGAGAUUAGAUAAGAAAUGAAAAGCAAAACAAGUAUUUAAAGUCUAACGGCUUUACCAGACUAGGCACUGUGGUAAAUACUUAUAAUGCCAGCUACUUAGGAGACUGAGGCAGGAGGAACACAGGAGCUCAGGGCCAGCCUGGGCAACUUGGGAGACCCUGUCUCAAAUAAUAAAUAAUAAAAUUAAAUGAAGAAAUAAAAACUUUAUCAGAUUGGAAAGUGGAAAAGGAAUAAAAUAUAUAUCAUCCACAAUUAAAUUCAUCAAGCACUUACUGAAUACCAGUUCUUACCUAGCACAGGUAUGUGGAAGGUUGUGAGAAACAGUGGUAAAAAUGAUCAUUGCUUCCAUAAAAUUGGUGGGCUUUGUUCAACUUAAAAUAUUUUGGGGACUUUGGGGAUGUGGUUUUUACCUUGUGUGCAGGAGGCCCUGAGUUUGAUCCCCAUCACCACACACAAAAAUACGUGUGUGUGUGUGUGUGUGUGUACACACAUUACUAUAUUUGGAAGCAAUUUCUGGUCUGGUCCUAUAUGCUAGGAUAAGAAAGAAGAAAAUGAAAAACUAAGUUUUAUUUUGUCUGUAUAUAUCUCAGUAAAUACAUAACCAUAUAGGAAAAUGUAGGAUAUUUCACUACAUAUGGCCAAGUAUAAAACUUAUUUUCUUUUAUUUAUUUUUAUUUUCAGUAAUACUUUUCUGUGUUUCUGAAUGGGUAAUACAUAUAUUACCAAACUCAGAGAAAGGGGUGUGGGGCAAAACAUAUUCAAGUAGCACUCAACCUAGAGGCACUGAUGUUCAACUUUUUCUGUUGGUACAUUUUAUACAUUAUCUGGUUUAUCUUUUUCUCAUUGUUUUGUAGUUCUUUGUGUUUUGGAUACUUAUCCUUUGCUGUUUAUGUAACAUAUAACUUCUAUAUGUGGGUUGUCUCCCAUCUUUUUUCUUAUCUUUUAGUAAACAAGGCUUUAAAUUUUUGUGUAGUUGAAUUUGUCAGUUGUGUUUAUGGUUUGUGCUUUAUACUUAACAACCUACUGUGUUUGAACGUACUAAGAGAAAUGGCAAACAAGCAAAAAAAUUCAAGCUAUAUUUAACAUCAUAAAAAAUGUACAGAAAAAAAGAAAAGUAUAUGUGGCCCUGGGUUCAAGCUCCAGUACACAUACACAAACACAAAAGAGAGAGAAGGAGAAAGGAAAAAAAAAUCAUAGUCUGAUUUGAGAAUAUUGUUGAGUUUCAAUUAUUUGCAAAAUUGUCAUAUGACAAUUGACUAUUCAUCUUCUACUAACUAUAUUAACCUUCUCCAUAUUAUGAUUAUCACUAUAUGGGGAAGAUAGGACAGCUGGCUGAGUGGUUGUAAAGUGAUAAUAUGGUAGAUGGACAACAGAUUGAAUUAGUUUCCUGUUGUUGUUGUGUAACACGUUACCACAAGUUUAGUGGCUUAAAACAAUGUAUGUUCAUUAUUUCAAAGUUUCUGUGGGUCAGGAUUCUGACUCUGCUCAGGGUCUCAUGAAGCUAUAAUUAGGGUACUAGCUGGGACUGUGGCAGCAUCUGAGACAGGAGAAAGAGCCACUCAUGUUGGCAGAAUUUGUAGCACUGAGGGCUUUAAUUUCUGCUGUCAGCUGCAGGUUGCCCAUGUUCCUUACCACCUGAGCCUCUCAACAUAGGCAGUCCAUGAUAGUAACUUAAUUCUUCAAAGCUGUCAUCUAACUAAAUUUUCUAUUAUCUUAACCCUUCUUUGUAGUUUCCAGCUUUUUUUGUCAUUCUGUAUUGCAAUCUGGAUUCUUUUCUAUCUUUCAGUUCUUGGUUAUUCUUUGCCUGGCAUGGUGGCACAUGCCUGUAAUCAGUAGGCUGAGGUAGGAGGAUCCCAAGUUCAAGGCCAGCCUGGACAUCUUAGCAAGACUGUCUCAAAAUAAAAUAUAAAGAGAGCUAGGGAUAAAAUUUAGGCCUUAAGUAGGCCUGAGUUCAAUCCCUGGUCCAAAAAAUAAUAAUUAAUAAAGAAAUGAUUCAUAAAUUUUAGUUGGCCUGUCAUUCUGGGCAGCAUGAUGAAACUUGUGUCAUCCUGCUCUGUCCCUGGCCAACCUACUCCAUUUUGUAUGGGACAUGAAUCAUCCCUUUGUCUAGAAUAUCUAUGCAGUAUAUGCCACCCCUCCAAUAGUCACAUAGCUUUCUUAGUUAUCACAUCAAUUGUAAUGUUAUCAAUACUUGUGUUUAAGUAACCCUCAUUUUAUUUAAUAAUGAUUACAAAGUGCAAGAAUAGUGAUGCUUGUAAUUUGGACACACAAAAACGAAGCUGUGAAGUGUUUUUGUUUUGUUUUGUUUUUUGGUACUGGGGAUUGAACUUGGGCAUUCAACCACUGAGCCACAUCCCCAGCCCUAUUUUGUAUUUUACUUAGAGACAGGGUUUCACCAAGUUGCUUACUUAGUGCCUUGCCAUUACUGAGGCUGGCUUUGAACUUGCAAUCUUCCUGCGUCCAGCCUCCCAAGCCACUGGGAUUACAAGCAUGUGCCACCCUGCCUGGCUAUGAAAUGCUGUUUUAAGCCUAAAGGUCUCUAUGAGAAAAGAAAAAAAUUAUACAUGAAGGUUGCUAAGAUCUACAGUAAGAACAAAUCAUCUGUGAAAUUGCAUGGAAAAAAUCAUGCUGGUUUUGCUGUUGCACCUAAAAAUGCAAAGGUAUGGCCACAGUGCAUAAUAAGUGAUUAGUUAAGAUGGGAAAGACAUUAUUAAAUUGUGAUGGAAGGCAUGAACAGAAAAUGUGUUUCAAGUGAUGGCAACAUUUAUAACAGAAAGCAUUAUUCCUAUAAAAUGACCUCAGUAAAGGACCCCUGAAACAAGCAGCACCAAGCUAUUUACUUGCAAGGAAAGGGUUAUUAGAUAGAUUCAGGAAUAGAUUUGGACUGAAAAAUAAUUACUGGAGAGGCUGAAUCUGUCAGUAAAGAAAAUGCUGCCACAUUUCAGACAGCGUUGAAGUUGCUCAAGAAGAAAGGAAACCAUCCCAAACAAGUCUUUAGUAGUACUAUUUCUCGUUAUUGUUGCUCAUCUCUUCUUGUGCCUAUGAUUAAAUUUAAUCACAGGUAUCUACAGGGUUCAGUUUUAUUUAGUUGUAGUUACCUGAGGGUCUUUGGAUGCAUCCCCUUCAAAUAAGUGGUACAUGCAAAUGCCCAAAUUCACAGGGUAUAUAAGCACAAUGAAAGUAUCAAUUCCAAUUAUUAUUCAGCCACUCAUUUAUCCAGAGGCAAUUACCAUUACCUUCUUGUAUCACAUUCUGAGGAUAUGCUUAUAUUUUACGGAGUUAAAUUAACAUUCUUCACUUUAGCUUUAUAGAAUGAAUUGGAAAACUCAACUUUUAAAAAUUUUUGUUAAAAAUUGAACCAGGGUUUCUUUACCACUAAGCUACACCUUCAGUCCUUUUUAUUUUUUGCUAAGUUGCUGAAGCUGACCUCAGACUUGCAAUCCUCAUGUCUCAGCCUCCUGAGUAGCUAGGGUUAACAGCGUGCACCACCAUGCCUGGGAGAAACUCAUCUUUUUCAAUGUUCUAUCUAGCACAUAGGAAUGUAUCCUCUUAUUGAAGGUCCUUGAUUGCCUUUUAUGUUUGUUUUGUCUUGAUUCAGUUAAACUUCCUCAGUAAAUUGUGGUAAUUAAGAAAUCACAAAAUGAUCAAUUCGAAGAAUUUUCAUAUUUGUUGGCAAUAAUUAUGCUCAGUGUUCUUAUCAUUUGAUGCUUUUAAGCCCCCAAUUCCUAGACUUAACCAGAAACUUGUGUACUUGAUCGGUCUUACUGAAGAAUCAGCUGUUAUGGGGCUGAGGUUGUGGCUCAGUGGUACAGCACUCCCCUACCAUGGAUGAGGCACUGGGUUUGAUCCUCAACCCCACAUAAAAAUUAAUAAAGAUAAAGAUAUUGUGUCCACGUACAAUAAAAAAAUAUUUUUUAAAAAACCAGCUGUUAUGUUUUCACUGAUUUGUCUCCUAAGUUAUUCAUUUGUUAAUUUUAUUUCCUUUUCUCUAAAGUUCUUGUUAAUCUUACUGUUAACACCAGGAAACUCAUGACUUGAGUGAAUAAUUUGUAAUGAAGGCCUAAACUAAUUAUACACAAAUAUAAUUAUAAAUGCACAAAUUCUAGAAAUUAAUAAAUAUAUAUUAACUUAUGUAUGGAGGAAAAGAUAACAUAAAAGUAUAAGGGAAAAUAUAAUUAAUGUGAUCAAGGAAUGUUUAUGGAAAUGCCAUUUGACUUUCUGGGAUGUUAACAUACAUAGAUGGGCUAAAAUAAAGAUAACAGGUUGUUUCAUAUUUUUGGUCUCAAACAAUUCAUUUGCUUGAUUCAUAUUUCCAAAUAAGUAUAAUCAUUUAAGAAAAGCAUAUGUGCCAAGCAUGGUGGAGCAAGCCUGGUAGACGGAGGCAGGAGGAUCUCAAGUUCAAAGCCAGCGACAGCAACUUAGAAAGGUCCAGAGCAACUUAGCAAGACGUUGUCUCAAAAUAUAAAAAGGGCUGGGUAUGUGACAAUGCUUAAGCACCCCUGGGUUUAAUCCUUAGUACCAAAAAGAAAAGGAAAAAACCCCACACAAAUAAAAUACUACUUACAAAUACAAAAUUAAGGUACUACACAGAGAGACAAAGUUCAACUUGUCCUUUUUAUCACAGAAAUUAACGUUUAUUUUGUUAACAGUUAUCUUUUUUACUGUCAUAACAUCUGAACAAGAACUCUUUAAAGACCGACCUUACAACAUUACAGAGAAUUUUUCAAAGUCUUUUUAAUAAAAAUAUUUUAAAUAAAGGAAAACCUUCUGCAUCAUCCUUCAUAAAUAUCCAUGAAAAAAAUUUCAACUCAAGUUUAAAUACUUUUGAUUUUAUUAAAGAAAGUAUAAAAUAUUGAAAUCUACAUUUUUUUUGCAGUACUGGGGGUUUUGGGAUUCUACAUUUUUAAACACUAUUAUGUUAAGAAUCAGCUGUCUCUUCAUACUACUGGACGUUUCAAUACUUAUUUUCAUCUCGAAUAACGUAUUUCUAAAAUAUCUUGAAUUCUGAAAAGUAAACAGAGAAAAAAAUAU